UGAUGUUUCUAAGUCUUCCUCUCCCUUUCUCUCUCUGAAAUCAAACACAUAUUAAAAAAUAAAUGGGGAGGAAAAUUAAGUUCACUUGUCAACAUUAUUCUUUUUUUUAAUCACACCCAUAUACGUACUCAGUUGCAAAGAUUUCUCCCCACCCUCGUAAUAGAAUGGAAUGAGAAAUUUGUUAGUUAAUAGAUAUCUUUAAACCCAGCAGUAUUCUAACCUAUGGAAAGACCAUGGCACUCUCCAUUCUUACUAUGUUCUAAGAAUGUGACCUCUGAUGGCAAGAUCAGUAACCUGAAGAACAGAAUUGACACUUUGGGCUCAUUUUUAAUUUAAUUAAAAUUCUUAUCAAGUACUUGCUUUUUUUUCCCCUCCCUGGCCAAAUUUAUUUCAGGAAUAUGCUUGUCUGAGACCUAUAUGGCUGAGGUUUCUUAGGUCCAUCUUGUGACUUAGAAAGGCAGAAUUUUGAUGAGAUCUGGAUAGAUCUGAAUAGAUCUGGUUGACUAUGUAGAGCUUAUCCAGAGCAGACAAAUUGCUUCCAAGAGACACAGUCCAGAAAAGCAGCUCAGUAGCAGGCAUCUCUUGACACCACAGUAUAUUCUGGGUAGCUGCUCUGCAGUAAUGCAGCCCUGUCUUUCUGGGCAGUGUUGUUAUUCCUGCUGCAUAAUUAGCAACUAGUGAGAUCAUAGUCUGGGGAGAUUCUGGCAUUACUGAGGCAAAGCAGGGAGGCUUCGUAUCAUCACAUGUGGCUCUGGCCCUGACAGCAUUUCUGUGGAGCAGAUUCAUAUCCUUGGGAACUAAAGUCCAAAGACAGAGGAGAGAUUUGUAUCCCAGACUCCUUGGUUGUGUGACGGCUUGUUGAAGACACUGCCUGACAUAUUGAUGUAACCAGAGUAAAUUGUCACUUCUUUUGCUGUUUGUUUUCUGCUUGCUGGUUUCUUUACAGAGGGCAAAGGUGGUAAAGCUAAGUUUUCCUUGCACAGAGGAAGAUGAUAGAUCAGUGGAGCCCUGUUUUAUGGAACAGUAUGAGAUUGGGAAAGAUUCUUGAAGCUAGUGCAGAUUUUAAUCUUUAGCUCAUUCUUUAGAACCAAAUUUGACCUUUCUAGGAGCCUAGAGAGGCACUUUAUACUUGUGAAGAUCUGGGUAAAGUGUUUCCCUGGCUGCUGAUAUACUUUGAAAUUGAGAGCCUAGAGCAGUAUUUCCUAAAGUGUGUUCCAAGAAUCAUUUGCCCCCUAAAAUACUCUGCAAAACAAAGGGUUCCAUAAUAAGAUGUGUGAAACACUGUGUGCUGUUUUCUUCCACCCUUCCCCAUGCUCAUUAGCAUAUUAAAAGCCUCUAAGAGUUCUUCCCAUAAGCAGUUUUCUAAACUGUUUUGACACAGCAGUCCUAUUUCCAUGUAAAAGUUAUUAAUAUCCAUUGAAUUAGUUUAUUUCAUAUAUACACUUUGGGAAAUGCCAGGCUAUAUCUUCACUGAGAAAAAUAAUUGGAUCUAGUCUAGGUUUAGGCACAGCCUAAUUCUGCUUUUGAUCCCCAGUUCCUCCUACUGGCCCCUUGGAGAGUUCUCCUGUGUGAUCAGAAGAGCAACUCCUGUUAUCCCCCAGCUAAUGAAGCCUAGAGCCCAGCUGGCUUGGAACCAAAGGCCUUCACUCCGCUGGGAAAGGUGCUGCAGUUACUCAUCUCAUUAUUUUGAGAGUGACUGAGACCGAAGGGACAGAGGGGAAACAAAAGUAGGAGAAUGUUGGCCGGAAUCAGUAGGGAAAUGACCUAAUCUGGAGAGACCGGACAUCAGUGCUAGCUCAGAAUCCUAAUGCACCUGGCUAGCUGGUGGUGAACAGGGGCUUUGGGGCCAACGUGGUGGGCUCCCCAAGGAAACCCCUUUGAAACCAAUGGAUGCAUUUACGGGCUCGGGUCUCAAGAGGAAGUUUGAUGAUGUGGAUGUGGGCUCAUCAGUGUCCAACUCAGAUGAUGAGAUCUCCAGCAGUGACAGUGCCGACAGCUGCGACAGCCUCAAUCCUCCUUCAACUUCCAGCUUCACACCCACCUCCAUCCUGAAGCGGCAGAAGCAGCUACGGAGGAAAAAUGUGCGCUUUGACCAGGUGACUGUGUACUACUUUGCUCGGCGCCAGGGUUUCACCAGUGUGCCCAGCCAGGGUGGUAGCUCUCUGGGCAUGGCACAGCGUCAUAAUUCUGUACGCAGCUACACGCUCUGUGAGUUUGCUCAAGAGCAGGAGGUGAACCAUCGGGAGAUUCUUCGUGAGCACCUGAAGGAAGAGAAACUCCAUGCCAAGAAGAUGAAGCUGACCAAGAACGGGACAGUGGAGUCAGUGGAGGCCGAUGGCCUGACACUGGAUGAUGUUUCUGAUGAAGACAUUGAUGUGGAAAAUGUGGAGGUGGAUGAUUACUUCUUCCUGCAGCCUCUGCCCACCAAGCGGCGACGGGCCCUGCUAAGGGCAUCUGGGGUCCACCGCAUUGAUGCUGAAGAGAAGCAAGAACUUCGAGCCAUCCGCCUGUCACGGGAAGAGUGUGGUUGUGAUUGUCGACUGUAUUGUGACCCAGAAGCGUGUGCCUGUAGCCAAGCUGGGAUUAAAUGCCAGGUGGAUCGCAUGUCCUUUCCAUGUGGCUGCUCCCGGGAUGGCUGUGGGAACAUGGCUGGGCGUAUUGAAUUUAAUCCAAUCCGGGUCCGGACUCAUUACCUCCACACCAUCAUGAAGCUGGAGCUGGAGAGCAAGCGGCAGGUGAGCCGCCCGCCUGCCCCAGACGAGGAGCCCUCCCCCACCGCUGGCUGCAGCCUGACAGGAGCCCAGGGCUCUGAGACACAGGACUUCCAGGAGUUCAUUGCUGAGAAUGAGACAGCAGUGAUGCACCUGCAGAGUGCGGAGGAACUGGAACGGCUCAAGGCAGAGGAAGACUCCAGCGGCUCGAGUGCCAGCCUGGACUCCAGCAUAGAGAGCCUGGGUGUGUGCAUCCUGGAGGAGCCCCUGGCUGUUCCUGAAGAGCUGUGCCCAGGCCUGACGGCCCCCAUUCUCAUCCAGGCUCAGCUGACCCCGGGCUCCUCUGUCCUGUGUUUUGCUGAGAACUCGGACCACCCAGCUGCCUCAGCAGUGACCAACCCAUCCUAUUUGAACAGUGGGCCCCUGGUCUAUUAUCAGGUGGAGCAGAGGCCAGUCCUGGGGGUGAAAGGAGAGCCUAGUACAGGAGAAGUCCCACCCUCUUUCCCCAAGGAGAAGGAUCUCAGUGUCUUCUCUGUCCCUGUUACCUCACUGGUGGCUUGUAGCCCCACAGACCCAGCUGCCCUCUGUAAACCAGAAGUAGGAAAAGCAUCCACUCUAGAAGCGCUAGUGCCCGAAGACCGUAACCCUGAGGAGCCGGAGAAUGAAGACUUCCGACCCUCGUGGUCCCCGUCAAACCUCCCCUUUGGCACGGACAGUGAAGAGGGCCGUGUAGUGGAGAAGACCUCACAGCCCAGUGAGGACCGGCCCACUGAAGAUUCUUCUCUGGAACUCCCUCUGGCAGUGUGACACAGGGAUGGAGAUUCUGCCUCUCACCCAUUCUCUAUUUAUUCCCUUAUUUUAUCUAUCACCAUUUCAGAACAAAACUGUAGAAGCAGCUGCUGCUCCCAUGUUAUUUUAUUGGGGUCUUUGGGGAACGGGUGGGAAAGGAUUGUUUGUACAAGUAUUUUUUAAAGGGUAAACAGAACCAAGGAGACCAGCCCCAGCUUGAUCUGGGGAUAGUCUUGGGGCAGAGUUAGGCCGCAUGGUGCCGAAUACUGAGCUUUCUGGGCCAUUGGAACAAAGAACUAGGAUCUCCAGGAGAAACUAGGUAAUUCAAGCAGCUAUUCUUUUUGUAGGGAUCAGAAUAUAUAAUUUGAACAGCAUGGCAAAGCCCCUUCUCUCCUGAGCUCCAGGCAGGAUACAAGCUCCUUUUUCUCGGUGAUUAUUCUGAUAUCCCAUUCUGGUGUAUCAUAAUACAGUUGGAAAUGUCUCCUGGAGAGGAGGGGGUAGAAGGGUCUCUGCUUCUGUACAAAACCUCCAGGAUUUAUAAAAAUUUAACCUGCCUUCCCUGGCCCCCUAUUUGGUAAAUAAGUUAAUAUUUGACGUGUUUGGUGUUCUCUGACCUGUUCCCCACACUGGGGAUUCCUGGUCUGUGACUUGAAUUACUUCUUCCUCAUGUUCUUAGGUACUAGA